ACAUGAACUUCUGGAAGAAGCUCGGAGAAAGGGUUUGCCUUUUGCACAGUGGGAUGGGCCAACAGUGGUUGCCUGGCUGGAGCUCUGGCUAGGCAUGCCAGCCUGGUAUGUUGCUGCCUGCCGUGCUAACGUGAAGAGCGGAGCUAUUAUGUCUGCUUUGUCUGAUACUGAGAUUCAAAGAGAAAUUGGAAUCAGCAAUCCUCUUCAUCGCUUAAAGCUCCGAUUAGCAAUCCAGGAGAUGGUGUCACUGACAAGUCCAUCAGCACCUCCAACGUCCAGAACACCCUCAGGCAAUGUUUGGGUGACCCAUGAAGAAAUGGAAAAUCUUGCUGCUCCAGCUAAAACGAAAGAAUCUGAAGAAGGCAGCUGGGCUCAGACCCUGGCUUAUGGUGAUAUGAACCACGAAUGGAUAGGUAACGAAUGGCUGCCCAGUCUGGGUUUACCUCAGUACCGAAGUUAUUUUAUGGAAUGCCUGGUAGAUGCAAGGAUGUUAGAUCACCUGACAAAGAAAGAUCUGCGCGUGCACUUAAAAAUGGUGGAUAGCUUUCAUCGAACAAGCUUGCAAUAUGGAAUCAUGUGUUUAAAGAGGUUGAAUUAUGAUAGAAAAGAACUGGAAAAGCGAAGAGAAAUGAGUCAGCAUGAAAUAAAAGAUGUGCUGGUAUGGAGCAAUGAUCGAGUCAUACGCUGGAUACAAGCCAUUGGCCUGCGAGAAUACGCAAAUAAUAUUCUAGAAAGUGGUGUACACGGUUCACUUAUAGCACUGGAUGAAAACUUUGAUUACAGCAGUUUAGCUUUAUUAUUACAGAUUCCAACACAAAACACCCAGGCACGGCAGAUCCUUGAGAGAGAAUACAACAACCUUUUAGCACUAGGAACUGAAAGACGACUUGAGGAAAGCGACGACAAGAACUUCAGACGUGGCCCCUCCUGGAGAAGACAGUUUCCUCCACGUGAAGUUCACGGGAUCAGCAUGAUGCCGGGCUCCUCGGAAACGCUGCCGGCUGGGUUCAGAUUAACCACCACAUCAGGGCAGUCGCGGAAGAUGGCGACUGAUGUUGCUUCAUCACGACUGCAGAGGUUAGACAGCUCAACAGUUCGCACAUACUCAUGCUGACAAGGCCUAACAAAGAAGCCAGCACUGAAUUGUUAUGUCAUCUCUUUCUUCUACUUUACCUGAAGUGCACUACCACUACUUAGGAAAAAGAGCAUUUAAACUCUCUGCAAGAACAGGGUAAUAGGGAAGAGAACAAGUAAGAUUUAUUAGACAAACAGAUAUGUUGUUCCUUUCAUGUAUUGGUUAGUUUAAAACAAGAAUUAAAAAAUACCUAAAUUACUAUUAAAAAACAGAAAAACAAAACCUCCCCCUUUCCUCUCAGCAUCUCUGUCAUCAGAAAUUUGGCAGUAGUGCACAUCCAAAGCUUUUCUCAAAUGAUGUCACUCAUUUUUACAUUGUUCCAUCUGUUUUACUGUAAAAUACUAGACAUUUACGUAUUUACUGUGUAUGUAUUUCUUUUAAAAUGUGUAAGUCUUAUGUAAAUGGAUAUAAAUAUGAUUUUUUAAAAAUAAAAUCUAUGGUACAUGGGUCUCAGUGCAAACAUUUGACAAUACAGUGUCAAUAAUACUGUUUGUAUCUUUCCAUUCCACCAUUUUUACAGUUUUUGGAUUGUAACAGUCAAAUGAAUAUGUUUAGCAGAGUUAGAAGCUUCAACAUGUUCCUACUGAGAAAAUCUGUCAAUAUUUAAAGCUGAACACCUGCCUCUGAUGAUGUAUAAUAGAAUGACAUAACCUGGAACUGGAGCCAAAAUGGACCUCUAAAGACAAAAUGAAAAUGUCAAAUAUCUGUAGAGAAGCUCCAUGAUGGCUCACUUCUUAAAAACAAACAAAUAAACCCAGAAGAACUGUUUACA